UACAGUUCUUGUCCUUUGUUCCCGUGCACGUACUAAGCUUGGUCUGUACUGUUUCGAGGGAUGGCAAAAUCUUGCUUAGAACACCACCUCAGCACUACGUAUGCCGGCAGUUACACUGACCCAGGACGCGACCCCAAGCAUGCAGCUAACGUUCCCUAGCAGUUCGCAAGCGGAGUCAGUUCAAUUGCCUGCAACGCAGACUUUUAGUACAUCAUGCUCAGCAGAUCUCCCGCCCAGUGUCGGAUCCCGAGAAGUUAGGACUAUCCCCAAACCGCAGCCUAAGCGCCGACUCAAGCCUGAGGGAUCUUCACUGUCCGAGCACAUCAAAAACCGCGACUUACAAUGGUUUAAGGCGCAACAGCCACCAGCUGCUCGACCUGGUACGCUUGUAUUAUUGAAUAAUGUAGUAGUGGCCCCUACUGCAGAGAAGUCAAAGCCAUCUCGCGUGCCAGGAAGGAUAUAUCCAAGACCGCCACCCAGCGAACUAAUGACAGCGAACCAGCCUACAGCUACGGGAACCAUUCAUCGAUCGAGUACUUCUACCCAGGCUCCAGCUCCUGUAGACGUCAAGCAGUCAAACGAAGAAAAAAUCACGCCCGCUGUAACUGAUAUUGCUACGAGUGGCCUACAACCAGACAAUACGCCUCGAGACUCAGACAUACAUCCCUCGGGUGCGCCAGCUCCCGAUGUUACUACUCAAAAAAGGCGAUUUCCGUCGUGUCUAGUUGCCACUUACCGCAGGCCAAUUCCCCGAGAUUUGGAGGGGGAUAUGGCUGUGAUGAUAUAUCGGAGAGGACUUGAAUCAGCUCGCAACACCAUUAACAUCACUUUCAAUCUCGAUGAUUUACAUUAUUCCUACAUUGCUCGGUGGGCGAAGUCGAAGCGUACUAAGUCCUCACUAACGUCAGAUUUGGAACAAAGUGUUUGUGUGUCGUUCGCUUGCUAUCACCUCCCUAGUCUCCCAUCCAAUCCACUAGAAGGUGAUGGACUUACGCCACGCAUUGAGAUACUGAUGCGUUCGCCAUGCUCACGAAGCGGGGACGGAAAGGAUUUUAUCAUUCCACUAGCUCCACCGAUUUUCGUUACUCCAGAUAAUUGCAUCGAUAUCUCUGCUUUCAUCAGAAGUGGAGAAAAUACCUUUUCAGUGGUCCAACAGAGCGACAUGUCAGACUAUUUGUUUAUGUUCCUCGUCCACUAUCCCACGCCGGAGCAACUUAGCUAUCUUGCUUCGUGCAGAGGUAGACGUGAGGAGUGGGCGAAGAGCAUACGUGAUCUUUGCAAGCUUGAGCUGAGGGAACCGUAACUUAUGGAGGCGAUCGCCGUCAGAAGUUAUAUAAUCUCGCCAUAUCAGUUAACACAUUAUACCUAAGUCGAGCUUGUACUUCACUCUUGAGUACGACCUGAGUUUUAUUAGAUAACGCCAUGGACUCGAUGACGAGUUGAUUUUGCCGGCUC